CGGGGAGCAUUUUCUACCUUUCCGCUCGAUGGUUUCUUACCUAUUCGAUAUCCUAAACACUGGUUACGUCUGUUACAUUAGUCUUACGCUCGGCUCACAUAAGAUCAGUAUAUUUCAAUUGUAGGGCACAUCACAACACUCGGCUCCUCUCAUUGAAUCAUAUUGAAAUGGCUACUUCUCAUGAACCACCCGCAAUACUCAAUAGUGCAAUUGAGCGACGCGGUACCAUACGGGCGAAUGUGAGUGAACAAGGUGCCGUUGGACCGUCCAAUGCCGCUUCUCAUGAUCCAGAGUCCGGAGAACGCCAACCCCUGAUAGGUUCAACCCCACCAAGCGAGGAUGACUGGAAAACUCCUCCUUACUUCGCCUGGAUUGAGAUGGCGAUUAUGUCCAAUGUCUUCCUCUAUGGGUUUGAUGGCACUAUCACUGCGGCUACAUACGCCGUAAUCAGCUCUGAGUUCGAUGCCACCAACACUGCAUCCUGGCUCACCACGUCGUAUCUCAUUACAAGCACGGCCUUCCAGCCCCUAUAUGGCCGUGUAUCCGAUAUUUUUGGUCGCCGCAUAUGCUUUUUCAUUUCUACUAUUACAUUUGCUGUCGGCUGCCUAGGAUGCGGCCUAGCAAAUAAUAUUGUCUUGCUCGACUGUAUGAGAGCUCUAGCAGGCUUCGGUGGUGGGGGCCUCAUGACUAUGGCUACUAUCGUGAACUCCGAUAUGAUUCCCUUCCGGCGACGUGGAAUGUACCAAGCUAUGCAAAAUGGUAUAUUUGGCUUCGGCGCAAUAUGCGGUGCGUCUUUCGGCGGCUCAAUAGCCGAUACCAUCGGAUGGCGCUGGUGCUUUAUCUUACAAGUGCCGAUAUCUGUCGUAGCACUUAUUCUAGGCUAUGUGGUCAUUAAGAACCAGCAGACCAACUUUAGCGGCGGUUCAAGCUUGAAGGAAACGUGGCGCAUAGUCGACUUCCUGGGAUCUUUUCUUCUAGUUUUAGCAAUCUCCGUCCAGCUUGUUGGGCUAAGCUUAGGCGGAAACGAGUUACCAUGGAGUAGCCCAUGGGUAAUCAUAUCCUUGAUUGGAAGCGUCGUACUCUUCGGCAUUUUCUUUUGGGUCGAGGGUAAUACCACGGCGAUUCCGGUCAUACCCCUACGCAUGUUAAGGGGCCGUUUACCUAUCCUCAUACAACUGUCUAAUGUCUGCGCUGGGCUCUCUGCUUAUGCGUAUCUUUUUCUGCUCCCCUUAUUCUUUCAGAUCGUACUUCUUGAUUCGGCUACGACUGCAGGUGCAAGACUUGCUAUUCCAUCGUUAGCAACUCCUAUUGGAGGUCUCAUCGCAGGUAUUGUCAUGUCUCGAUGGGGAAAGCUGAUCACCCUCGUUCGCAUUGGUGCGAUAUUGAUGGCCAUUGGGAACAGUUUGGUGACUUCACUAAGCUUUGUGGAUUCCAAUUGGAAGUACUACAUUUACAUCUUUCCUGCGAAUCUAGGUCAGGGCAUCAUAUACCCCGGUAUUCUCUUUACAUCGCUAGCAACGUUCGAGCACGCAGAUCAUGCCGUAUCUGCCUCUACUGUCUACCUCAUUCGAUCACUUGGUACAGUUUGGGGCGUAUCCAUCACUUCCGCAAUUGUACAAACAACGCUCAGUGUUCGACUUCCGGCAGUAUUUAAUGAUGUACCAGAUAAAUGGAGAGUAUGACCCUUCUUAGUUACAAGAUAUUCGACUCCACAAAGCCUCAGUUGGAUGCUAAUUAACGAUAAUAGAUAAUCGACGCAAUUCGUCACUCCGCCGAGACAAUACGUGAGCUGCCCCUAGAUAUCCAGCUCAAAGCACGAAUGGUUUACUACGAUGGAUUGAGAUACUCCUUUACCGCGUCGACCGUCUUUGCAAUUAUUGCGUUUUGCGCAGCGAUGUGUGCUAAUGGAAGAGGACUACGCAAAACAAGCGGCUAGAAAGUGCGGCUAUGUUGGCUUCAUGUACUUUAUAUAGAUUCUAAUAUCACGAAAAUGCGUAUGAGGGAGGUGAUAGAGUAGUAAAAUAAUGAAUAGUGGGAUUCUAGGUCCCCCAUACCU